GGAGGAAGGGCAAGCGAGGGUGGUAGCGACGGGAGAGAGGAGUGACGCAUGGAUGACCGCACGAGAAAUCGAGAGCUCUCGGUGAAGUGACAUUUGUUUUCGCUUCCCUCACAAACGCAGCGUCUCGAGAGGGACUGUCGCGUCUCCCCUCUCCCCUUUUGCGCGGACGCCCGCCCUGUGAUUCGACUCGAGCGACGAAUGACGAAUUCGGUGAGGGCCAGGUAUAACGAUCCUGGCUCGUCAGGGAAAAUCGGAGUCGUAGGCGGGGCCUAGGGUCGGUGGACACGUGACACGGAAACUGUCACGCCGCCCUUGCCCUCCCUUCGUUUACCCCCCUCCAUGCGACCGAAAUCCAGCGCGACCGACCCACGCUUCUACCGUGGGUGAACGUGUCGUCCACGGACGACGCCCGAGAGAGAGAGAGAGAGAGAGAGAGAGAGAGACUCGCACGUGUGUGCGUGUGUAUGUGUGCACGAAGGGUUUCCACGCGGAAUUACACUGGGAAAUCCCACGAUGUGGGACUAAGACGAUCACGAAUGCUCCGGAGGAUUAUACGUCAACUAUGCGUUUACAGCGUGCAUCGAAUGCGUUCCUCGUGUCGAAUGCGACGCUCUGACGGAAUUUUCGGACCGUGCGACGCGAUACUCUCGCAGCAGCGGAGAAUGCUCCUGUUAUCGGUUCCCUGUCGAUUCGCGGGGAGGCCGAGCCAUUCCGGGAUUUAAAUAAACUUCUUUAACUUCUGUAAUUAAAUAAUGCGCAUCCGAUUUCACUAUCGCUCGUCGCUUCCACUGUGUUUUUCGCCUCGCCUUGCUCUCACAAUACCACUACAGCUAAUCGACGACCGAUCUAAUCAUCCGACAAUCGCAAUCCGACGAUUGUACAAGCAAUUCGUGUACAUCGCAGGGCGAUGAUGCCGUCGUGGUCGUACGAGAAACACCACUGCGGUGUCGAAUCGGUGUGAACCUCCCGAGAAUGCAGCAGGCCAGUGUAGGUGGCUACAACGAGGACUCCGACACGACGAGUCCCCUGGCGAGAUCGCCGGUUGGUUUCGCCAUCAAGAGCGAGCCCGGCAUAGACAGGAACGACGGUGUAAGGGUCAAAGUCGAGAUGCCCGAGCCCACGGAGGCCGGCGUCGAGAUCAAAGGUGAGCCCCGGGAGGAUUAUCAGCGGCAGCAGCUGAGCAACGACGGUUAUCACUACGGCGACAAGAAGCCGGGAUACGUUCUGGACGCCCCCGGACAACCGCCACCGCCGCCGCUGCCGCAUCAUCAGGGAUACCGUCCCGUCGGGCUGCCUAACUCUUUCGGCUUCCCGCCUUUUUACGGGCAUCAUCAUCCGGCUAUGAUGCCGUCGUUUCCAACCGGACGCCCGUCGUCGGACGGCCCGAUCGGCAAGAUCGGCGACAUCCACGAGCAGACGACGUCGUCGCACAUUGAUCGACAUGCGGCUGCCGCCGCCUACGGUAGAUUGCCACCGAUUCCCAACGACGGCUUCCUGCACGAGCCCCAUCAUCAUCGCUUUGACGCUGCCGACUUCCAGCACGGUGUACCGUAUCCGGGCUUCCGGCCCGCAAUGCGUUCCUACGGCAAUCAUCAACAGAACAACAGCGCCUACAGCAGAAGCAGCCACUAUCACCAGGCUAGACAGCGCAAGUGGAACAGUUCCGCAUUUCGUGGUCUUCAUCCACCGAUGCCCUGGCCCACGUGGUUUUUCCGCCCAGAUCUUCCACUUGGCACGCCGCUACCGAGUCACGUUCCAAAUUCGAGUAACGUUCCUACUUCGUCGCCUCUGCCAUCUAGGAUGCAUCUAGACGUUCCGAAAGGACUGGAGCCUCCUUCCAACAGCAACAAAGUCCAUGGACAGACGCCAACGAUAUGCACAUCUAUCCGCUGCACGGUGAACGGCUGCUCUUGCGAAUCUUUCACACCCGGGAAACGUCAUCUGCGCUACUGCGAGAACUGUCAUCAUGGAUGGGUGCCUCACGGUAAGUCCAAGUGUAUUUUUAAAUAAUCAUCGAGCGUUUCGCGAUAUCGAAAUUCACACGUUUCGAGCGUAUUUGUGAAAAAAAUAAAUAAAUAAAGAGGGAAUAAGGUGAUGAAAAAAAAAAGAGAGAACGAUGGCGGGAAGAUUUUUCCCGGGGAUAUAUUCCGGCGCUUGGUGUCGCGUGCGCGUGGUUAAACGCAAAUUUUCCAACUGUCAGCAUACUUCAUCCGACGGGCCCUCAGGGACGAAAUUCAAUUUUCCAACGAUGACCGCCGCCCAACCCUCGUUGGGCAUUCGCGCGGCCGCGCGCCACCCCUUUGCACAAUAGAAAGAAGCGCGCGCG